UUCCAGGGAAUCGAACGGGAGAGAAAAAUGGCCGGAGAAAUGGAAGAUCCUGUGGCAUUUUUGCGAGUUUCGGACAAACUCGCACGUUUAGAGGAGAGUAAGUCUUUCGAGAGUAAGAAGUGGGUUUGGAUUCAGGACAAAAAGGAAUGUUUCAAGGCAGCAGAAGUUAAAAGUUCCAAAGGGGAUAUUUACGUCGUGGAGACCAACGAUGGACAGGUAUUACUGCAAUAAGCUGCUUUUAAUAGCGCAAAAUGUACAGCAGAUUUACAAGAUCUCUAUGCAGAUCACAGGAGCACCUAUGAAUUAUUACAACCAAAUUAUAAUACUCGAUUACCAACAAUGAACUUUCUGUUUUAAGAGACUCUGUUGACUUCGGCACUAAGUAUAAUACUAAAAAUGGAAUUUUUUUCGGUAGGAACUGGAAGUGAAUAAGAAUGACACAGAACAAAUGAAUCCGCCGAAAUUCGAAAAGGCCGAGGACAUGGCCAACUUGACAUAUCUCAACGAAGCCAGCGUCCUACACAACCUCAAGCAGCGAUAUUUUGCAGGGCUGAUAUACGUAAGUACUCUGCUGCCGGCACUUGAAUUUUCUAAACACUAAAAUUAGUUUGGGAUGCCAUUUUGAGAAGAUUACUGUUAUACUGAAUGCUUACUUUAGGAUUAUCUUUUCGUAUUGCCGUGUAGCAUCGAACAUCCGUGAGUUGUAAAUGUGAAACCGGAGUAAUCAUGAAUAUUUAUUUUUGUACAUUCCUUUGUGUGCAGUUAAAGGGGUUUUCUCUGGCUUUCAUGUAGGCCUAUCUGGUGGAUAUUAUCUCUUGCUAGCUACUUUUCUCGCCAUUGCUGGCGUGAAAGAGAGAUUGUAUACAGUCGCUAUGUCAACAGAGAUUUGAGUUGUGUGAAAAUGCUACUUCAAAGACCGACUGUCGAAUUGCAUGAAAAUCUGGGGUCGAGCGAACUAUUAAUAACAUGUCAAUUUAACUUAACGCACCAAACACGCUCCUGUCCCAGGCUUUGCGUGCUAUGAAACAAUAACCAUUAACUAUGAAAUCAACACUGGUUACAAAUGACAUGAAAAUAUCGUUUGGGAUAUCUGCGUGUCUGCACAGUUGAGUUUUGGACUGAAAAACAAACGACAGGGCUUUGUUUGCAACAACAAUAAUGUCAUAUUGGGUUAACUACCGGGAGACAUAAGACAAGAAUAAUGUACGGUUUCGUGCCGGCGUUUUGUUAAUUUGCGAGAUGGGUGUGAAUUUAUCUCCAGAACCGAUUUCUGUUGCAAGCGUAGGGUUUAAUUUGCAAUCCUCGAAGUUUUCAUCCGUUAAAUUGAGAAAUAAAUGAGCAUUCUUAUUACUACUUUCAGAAUCGACUUUCAGAUGGUGUGUCGUUUACUUCAUAAGAGUAGAAAGUCUUUAAGCAGCGUCCGUUCGUGACAUCCACAAAGAUGGCUUUUAAACACGUUUGAAAACACAGUUAGGGGUGAUAGCAUCCUGUUCUAAAAUAAAACGGACCAUCAACGGCGAUUUUGUGUUUGUAAAUGAAAAUCUCCACACUUAAUGGUACUCAUUGUACUCUUCUGUUAUUAUUUAAUAUAGACUCCCGUGCUAAGAUGAUCAAGAACACCGCCCUCUUGCAUGAUUAAAUCUGUUUUGAAAGUCAACUCUUUUGAAGUGCAUGUUUACGGGUCUUAAAAAUUUAACCUCCUUAACUUUCCAAUGUUUCCACGCAGCCAGUUUCCAAGAAAUAAUAACACAUGUAAUGUUUUUCAUUUAAUGAAACUGUCUACUACCUUGAAACUAUUCAAACCUCUUAUCUGAAAUUGACCUGUUCGACCCCAGCUUUCUUGUUCAGUGGCCUGAGGGGUGAAUAUUUUCACCAUAUAUGGACAAGGGUGGGAUGUGAGUUUGUUAAAGACAUACUCCCUUUUCAGAGUUAAACAGUUAGAACCCUAAAAAUUGUCAAAGCUGUUGGGAAUAACUUUAAAAGAAAGCAUUUAUUUAACUUAUUUUCCUCCUAUUUUAAUGACAUUGGUGCUUUAGAGCAUGUCUGAAAAUUUGCCGCACUCCUAGUUUUGCUCAUUCUUGCUUAAACUUAUAGCAGAUUUCUUUCUUUAUCCAUUGCUGAACAAUAAUGUGAUACUCAUCUAACAGGAAACUCAGAGAAUGUUCUCUAUGAACGUGACACUUGACUUAAAGAGACGUUUAACCUCUCACAGAGAUGAAACUCAAACUAACCUCACAAGUUUGCAAUGACUACAGCUCAGACCUAUUUCCACCUAAACAUAUUGUAGUCCCUUUACAAUAGCUUUGUGGAUGUGUAACAUUUAAAUACAAGCUUUAUUGAGUGCUAUCAACAAAGAAACAUGCCUGCAAUUUUCACAAGCUAUUUUUAACCAUUUCUUCACCAAAGUAUAUCAUAUGCAUGACAAAAUAUAUUUCCUUUGAUCUUUAAUUGCCGUUAUUGAAUCUUUAUAAUUUUUUAUUAAUUAAUUUACCAAGCAAGAGAUGAUUUUGCAUGAUAAACUUUUUAACAGACAUAUUGUUGACAGCACUUUUAUAAGGUUUCGAAUAUUUAUAAACCUUGAGGCUGUCUUAAAUUUUUAAAAUAAGUAGUAAAUCAUCCUAAAUAUUAUAUGGUAAACAACAUGCAUGUGUACAGUAAGAGUCUGAGUAACAAUGAUAAUCCUUUGAAUGGCAAAAUGUGUUAAAAGAAAAUUCCAGAUUUACUCAAUACGAGUUUUAAGAAGUCCUGAAGAUGUUUAAUUUGAAUGCUCGCAACAUACAUGUAUGAUUUUUUAGAGUUGAUUAAUUGGUCUGUUUAAUAGAUAAAAUUUUUCAUAAGUUUCAAGUUCGCAAAUUUUUCCACGUACAGUUUCAUUUUACAGUGUAAAUGACCUUUAAUAGCUUAAUUAAAACCAUUUGCAUUGUGCGAGGUGCUGAGUUGUGUCCGAUCACCAAAGCAAUUUUCUGAUAUAAAUCUGACUAUUAAGUUCAGACACCAAAGAAACAGUUGACCUCAUUACACAAGUCUUGUACCCCACAUUUCUGAUCUCCUGAUACGUGUUUUCUCAUUCAAAGCCAUUAAAUUCUCUAUUUAUUAUUGUACCUUUUCUGUAGACAUACUCUGGUUUGUUCUGUGUGGCCAUCAAUCCUUAUCGCAGACUUCCCAUUUACACAGAGAAGAUUGUGUUUGCAUACAGAGGAAAACGCCGCCCAGAAAUGCCUCCCCAUAUCUUCUCAAUUUGUGACAAUGCAUAUCAUGAUAUGUUGCAAGAUCGUGAAAAUCAGUCCAUGUUGAUCACGUAAGUAAAGACUAAAACGAACCACCAUCUUCAAACAGAUAGGAUAUGUUCAAUGUGAUGAUACAUGAAGUAGUUACUGUGACCGUGUAUAAUCCAGGUGUUAUUACAUAAAGUAAUCAGGUGCAUUGGUACAUUUUGGUAAGUGUAGCUCACGAGUCAAGCCAACAUAAUAGUCUCACUUUAAUAUGUCUCGAGCUUACUCAGCUACUUUCCCUACUUAAGGUGUUAUCUAUGUUCUAGGUUAAACCAGUACCAACCUAGUUUGAUUAAGGAUAAUCUGGUUUAACCAGCCAGUGGAUUUUACUUCAACAGCUACCCAACAGAGAUGAAAACAAACAAAACAGUUUGAGUUGGUAUUUCAUUCCAGAAGUAAGCUUAAGCCUUUUUAUUAGUGUCAUCCCCCUGUUAGUCCCUCAAAAGAGUCGUAAACAAUGUUUUCAUUUUGGUUUUAGUGGAGAGUCUGGUGCAGGAAAGACAGAGAACACCAAGAAGGUUAUUCAAUAUUUGGCACAUGUGUCUGGCCAGACAAAACCUGGGGAUCAUAAGCAAGAGGUAAAUAAAUAAACAGUUGACUUAGUAAAAAAAAACUGAGAUGGUGGCGGGGGGGGCAAGCUUAUUUUUGUGAAGCUGUGAUUGACCAUUUUUGGUGUCCGUGAAUCAUAAUGCACUGAAAAACUGUUCUGUGAAUGGUGAUUGAAAUGCACUCCAUGAAACGUGAACUGCCAAAAUCGUCUACACUGUACAUGUACAUUAAAGAUAAAUUGAAGAAAAGAAAUCGCAAAUCUGGCCAAAUGUUCUUAACAAGCAUCUGGUGGCUUAAAAAAAAUCACUUUUGAGUCUUUUCAUGUAACUUAACACUUAAGUGAGUGUGCUCAGACUGACCUACAGCUGACUUCCCUAGGGAAUUAAUAGCCACACAGAGAUCACUCAAACACAUCGCAGAGAUCAAAUGUGCUGUCUGUUUCCUGUCUCGUGAAAAAUGCAAAAUUGUUGUUUGUGAACUCGUUUCUGAGACCCCCCCUUACCCCCCUUAAAAAUGUAUGCAAUUAUUAAAUACAGUGGAACCCCGCCUUACGACCACCCCGUUUAUAAGACCACCUUGUUAUUACGGCCAUGUUCUUUCAAACCAAACGUAAAAACCAUUGAGUCAUUUUACUAUUUUGACGACCCUGUUAAUGCGACCACCUCGUUAUUACGACCAGGAUUUUAUGGCCCAACGGUGGUCGCAUUAACGGGGUUCCACUGUCCCUUUUUAUUAUUCUGACCAAAUUUCACCAGCUGAGCACAUUUUUUUACAUUCUAAUAAUUAUUGAUGUCUGCAUUUUGAGGUUACAGUAUGUUUACUCAAUUAUUUCAAUGUACUAAAGACAAUUCCAAUAAUUUUUAUUUGCACUCUAGGGAGGUACCCUUGAAGACCAGGUUGUACAAGCCAAUCCAAUUCUGGAAGCCUAUGGAAAUGCCAAGACUGUCAGGAACAACAACUCAUCAAGAUUUGUGAGUAGAGCUUCUUUUUGUACAAAAACAGAAAAACAUAACAGCCUAUACAAUAAUGGAUGUGUCAUUUCUAUAAAUGUUUUCAACUGUUUGUGUGCUCUGGCACAUCUGAGUAAAGAUGUACAUUUUCUUUGUUUACAACUUUAGGGAAAGUUCAUUCGCUGCCACUUUGGGCCACAAGGAAAGCUUGCAGGAGCUGACAUUGAAUCUUGUAAGUCUAACAUUUUGUCUGAUCAGUGCUUUAUUUGGGCUUGUAAGAAUAGUGGACAUCACUCUGUACUAAGUAGCUACAGUAUACGUAUACUUCUUACGUGUAGGAUUUCUUACACAUACAAAAAUGUGGAUCUAAAAAGACUUUGGCAGCAAAACUAAUUUAGAUCUCAUUUUAACUGUAGUAGGCAAACGAACAAAUUUUUGAAAAAAGGAACUAGUGAGAUCAUUGUCAUCAAUUUGUUUGAAAUGUCUUUUCUCUUUCAGUUUCAAAUAUUUGAUAAUAGGACUGUUAAAUUAAACAAUUCAAUUUUAAUUUUUUUACUUCAGACUUGUUGGAAAAGUCCCGCGUGGUCCACCAACUGGAGGGAGAAAGAAACUACCACAUUUUCUACCAGAUUUUGUAUGGUGCUGACAAGGCCCUGCAAGGUUUGUUGAGUUUGAAGUGAAAAGUAACAUAUUUCAUUAAGAUAUAGUGGAAUCCUAAUCUGUUUCAUGAAUCUUCAUUCCUGCGGAAACAGAAGUUAUUGGGAGGUAAGAAAAACUCACAGGUUCAAUUAUGGUGUUUAACCAUUUUGGGUCCAAAUAAUUACAAUAAAUGUAAGAGGUUUGAAAAAAUCAGAAUGCCUCUGUAGUAGAGCUUGUAAGAGCUUAGUACAUACAACAUCUUUUAAGCCAUGCCUUUUACUUUAAGAAUUGGUUAGUGUUUUAAAGUUUGUAUAUUAGUAGAGUAACAUGUGUAACAUAUAAAGACAAUGGGUUUGUCACAGCAUUGAUCAAUUUUAUUGUAUGUGUUAUCAAUGAGAGGUUUUGUGAGAAGUACACAUAAGGAUGUUUUUCCAUACUUGUCUUUUAUUUGAGAAUAUUUGCUCUUACAUUCUAGAUAGGGUUUAUUUUAUCCUUGGUACAUGCAUGUUUCUAUCUCUAAGACUAAUGGAUAAUAUUUUUCUUCAUUAACUUUUUUUUGACUUCAGAUAAACUUCUCAUUGAAUCAACCAAGUCUGGAGAUUAUGAGAUCCUCAAGAAAGGUGCUGAGAGAGCUGAUGGAAUUAAUGAUGUGGAAGAAUUCAAAAUAACAGAGGUCAGUGUUUUAUUGCAAAAAGGAAAGCAGAGACUCAAAUUUACAAGAAACUUAGGUAAUCCUAGUCUGCACCACAGAUGUGUUGUAACACUGGUUAGUAAUGUGCAUGAAGCAUUGCCGAUAUCCUUGUUCUGGGCCCGCAACGGACCCAAACUACUGGAAAUGCAAUUGAAUUUCUCUUCAACCUUACUGGCAAAUCAACAAUGGCUUUUUAACAGGCUAAUCAUGGCAUGUACUCAAAUCCUGGUUGACACAGGUGAGGACCCAGAGUAAGGUUUUUGGGGCUGUUUCUCAGACAGACUUAACCAGAAGUUUAAAUCCAUCUUUGGCACAGUCUAGGGUAAUCCAAUCCAUAAAAAUAUAUCAUCAUACAGUCAAACCUCCUGUAAAUGACCACCCAAAAUGCAAAGGCUUGGUGGUUGUCUACGGGAGGUGGUCACUCACAAGAGUCAGACCGUAAGGGCGAAAUUUUUAAUUCAACUUAGUAUGGAGUGGUAUAUUUAUUCUAAAAUUGAAUAAUGCCAAUUACUGGUAGCUUUAUUGACAAAAUCAUUAGCUAUUAUAUGUGACAGUUCAUUUACAGAAUGUGCAUGAAAAUUUGUGGUUAAAAAAGUUUUACUUGUGUACUUGACUUCUUGUACAGAAAUGUCUCUAAAACAUUUGACGAACAAAAACUUAACUUCUUAAACUGAAACCUGGAAGUCUCAUGUGUAGACAAUAAUGACAGCCAAAGAAUAAAUUCCUCUUUGUUUCAUUUUUACAAUGUACUUCACUGUUUAGUAAGACCAUGUGUCUAGUGGUCGCUUACCAGAGGUUGAAAACAAUAGAAAAUUCUAAAACUGUCAACCGAAAAAGUGGUCGCAGUCAGUUAUGGCAGGUGGCCGUUUAUGAGAGGUUCCAGUAUAAGGCUUUGACUGAAAACAUUUUUGGUGUUUUGGGAAGGUGGUCGCUAAUAUGGGAGGUGGUCGCCCACAGGAGGCGAUCGCAGGUGGAGGUUCGACUGUACUUACAGAAAAGGUUCUUAUCUUUUCUUAGGAAGCUGCGCAAACACUUGGUUUCACAAAUGAAGAGAAAAUGGGCAUGUACAAAAUCUGUGCUGCCUGCUUGCACUGGGGUAACUCAAAGUUCAAACAGAGGCCCAGAGAGGAGCAGGCUGAGGUGGCUGACCCAAAGGGUAAGAGUACAUUCAAUGGUGGCUAGUGCUGCUAUAAUAAAAUUAUUAUUCUCUGUAAAGUUACUAUUGUUAGAAACAUAAAACUAUUGUCACAUAAAUUGUCUGGCAUUGAGAGAAAACAUUUGACUACCCCAAAAGUUAUUAAUAUUGUGACCCCAAAAGCUUUUAAAUUAGUAUAACAGGUACAAACUCCAACUGGCUUAAGGCACAUGAGUUGGUUAUUUCAAGCUUCACCAAGUAGUUAACAUGGGCUGGCCUACUCAAUUAAAGUUACCUGUCUAGCGGCUUGAGCAGAAUUUAAACCUGUGGUGCUGGAAUUAAAAUAAGGAGUUCCACUUUAUCCAGAUGGGUGCCAAGGUUGUUAAGUUCUGUUUCAUUACACUGUGAUAAUGACUUGUUAUAACUCUGGGUGCAAAUAAAGUCAGUUUUACAGCUUGCCCUUGCCACAAGCUGUAGCUAGCAUACAAACCCAAAAGGCAUUUCAGCUAGCAGGAUUGAUUACAGUUCUUCUGUAAUUUGAAUUACCCUAAAAAACUUCACUUGCCUGUUGGGCAUUUUAAGAACAGAAUUCACCUGCCCGCUUGCAACCGUCACUAGCCCAGGGCAAUCCGCCAUGAACUGGGGUCAAACAAAACAAAACAAGAGAACAUUCAUUCAUAAUUGUACCAGGAUAAUCAUUAUAGUUGAUAUAGGUGUUCAUUCAUUGUGAUUAUUAUUGAAAUUAAGUUUUCUUUCAUUAAAUCUAUUAUCACCAGAGUUGGAUAAAGUGUCAUUCUUGCUGUCGAUUUCACAAACGGACUUUGGAAAGUCUCUUGUGAAGCCCAGAAUCAAAGUUGGCCGUGAAUAUGUGAACCAGGGGAGAAAUAUGCAGCAGGUAUUCUUAACAUUAGCAGUAGCUGUAAGAUACAUGUAUUAUAUGGGACACUUUAUCUAAGUCAAAGACACCUUAUGUAAGUUGAAUACACUGUACUUUAAAGCGUUACCCUUGAAAUGUCUUUAAAAAUCUCUUAACUCAGAGCAAUAUUUAUCCUAUGUUGUUGAUCUUGUGCUUAUGUAAUUUCAGGAAAGAAUUUUAAAACCACAAGUACAGCACUAUAGGUCAAACUUCUCACCUGAAUGCAUUUACAUUUGUACAAUUCUCUCUGGAGAAUAUGUAAAAAAAAUUUUGUUGCAUAACCGAAUCUCACUUUACAAGCAGUUAAAACCACAAAUGUUCAGUUUGCUUUAAGCGUUUUUCUUCUUAGUUUUGGUGUGUCUUUAACUUUUUAAGCUUGGACUACAGCGGAGUUAGUAAAGGAAAAUAGUUUCUUUUCUGUUAAGUCACUUCCUAUAAUUUCUAUAUCCAUGUGCUUGUGCUCUCUUCUUCGAAUUUUUGUCCUAUUGCUCCACUCUUGGUAAAUGCUGUAAACUUGCCAGAAACAACUAGACAUUCUCUAGUUUGUUUAAAACAACAUGCAAUAAGCGCCCUCCUUCAAAAUAAGCACACAUCCUUUUAGAUGAAAUUUGAAUAAGCACCCGGGCAUUUACUUAAGAAAAUAUUGUAAACAGUACCACUUCACAUGGCCAAAUAAUAAAUCAAAACAUGGCUAGAAUAAAGGUUUUUCUCAGUCAACAACAAUAUUAAAGUAAUAAAAUAAUGUACAUGUAAUCUAUUAUACUUUGUACUUGACUUUCAGGUGUAUUACUCCAUUGGUGCCCUCAGCAAGAGCAUUUAUGAAAGAAUGUUCCUGUGGCUUGUUGAGAGAAUCAAUCAAACACUGUUAACUAAGGACAGACGUGCCUUCUUCAUUGGCGUGCUGGACAUUGCAGGCUUUGAGAUCUUCAAGGUGAGUUACACCAACAUUGCAUGGGGAGAAAAUGUACAUUGGUAAAAAGGGUUCAAUAUUUUGUCCUUUCUCUCUGAGCCCUUUUUAUUAGGGCUAUGGGACAAAGGAAAUUAAGAAAAAACCUACAAUGUAGGUCAAAAAAAUUUAAAGUUCUGGAUUUAAUUUUGACCUAUUACAUGUAUGUUCAUGUACACUCUAGAUGUAAGAUACCAGUUUCUGUGUGUGUGUUACUGGUUAAUUAUGCUUUCAACCUUCUGUUUUAGAUGAACUCAUUUGAGCAGCUAUGUAUCAACUUGACAAAUGAGAAACUUCAGCAGUUCUUCAACCAUCACAUGUUUAUUCUGGAACAAGAGGAGUACAAACGCGAGGGCAUUGAGUGGGAGUUCAUUAACUUUGGUCUUGACUUGGUUCCAACCAUUGAGCUCAUUGAAAAGGUACAUUGUUUGCUACCCGUUUCAAAAACAUGCAAACUCUGAAGUUCAAAAGCCAACUAAUGUUUGUGUUCUUUGCUUCUGUCAAUCAUCUUUGCGGACCUCUUAGGAAACAGGCGUUUACUCUGACGAGUUCAAAAGUUCAUAGUUUGUGAUUUGUGAUUGGUGGAUUUCGAUCCAUUUUGUGUCUUUCUGUGUAUCAAGGUUCACUGCUUGUGAUCAUACAUGUACAGGCUGUAGAAGAGACAAUAGUAAAGUUAGCACCUUUUUACUUACUGAUGUGUUCAUUGUGGUUGGUGCUUUCGUUCUUAUCUGGACCGUCGCUUAGCCCUUUAAGUCCCACUAGUGACCAAGAUCGAUUUUCUCCUAACAAUAUCCAUAAACUGUCAACAGAUAAGGUUUGAGAAUUAAUAAAAUGAUCACCCAAGUAAAAAUGCCUUGAUCUUUUACCAAAUUCUCUCAACUAAUUCUUUAAGGAAAUGUAUGGAGAUUAGUUUGGAGAAUUUGUAUGUGGAUAUUGGGGCUUAAAGGGUUAACAUACAUUUUAUUACACUUUCAGCCCAUGGGUGUGUUUGCCAUUCUUGAAGAAGAGUGCAUUGUGCCAAAGGCGACAGACAUGACAUUCCUACAGAAGUUGCACAACCAACAUGAGGGCAAGCAUCCUAAAUAUACAAAGCCUAAAAUUUCUGGCAAAUCUUCCACAAACCACCACUUUGAGGUUGGUCACUAUGCUGGCACCGUUGGUUACAAUGUUGAUGGCUGGCUGGACAAGAACAAGGAUCCUAUCAAUGAGGCUGUGGCAACGUUGUUUGCAAAGUCUACUGAUGCUUUUAUUGCUCACCUCUUCAAGGACUAUGCCAGCGAGUGUAAGUUUAAGUCUUUGAGUUUUACUCCUAAAGUUGUGACCAAAUUCUUGUCUUAAUUCUCCAGUCUCAAAUAAUUUAUCAUCCUUCAAAAAACAGAGCAACAAAUAUUAAUAUACUGUUGAAGAGGUUUUUAUAUGAAUUGCCACAUGAUGGUGUUUCAUCCAUAAACCUAUGCAGGGUGGUUGUGUUUUAAGGAAAAAAUGCUAUGUAAUAUAGCUGGACAAUCACCUUGUUUGCCUGAAAAAUUGAGAAAGAUAAAUAAAUAAAUAAAAUAAUAAUGGAGACCUGAAAGAUUGUAGCUUCCUCCUUUUCAAUUUGGCUAGAAGAAUGACUGUGUCGUAAGGCAUGAAAUUACAUGGAAGUCAAUCAAGUAACAAACAUUAACACACUUUCCAAUUUGUCCAUUUCAUUUUGUUAAGGACAAAAUCAAGACAUAGGAAUACAUGUAGCCUCAGUAUGUUUCAGUUGUUUUGUCUGAGGAUGUAGCUCUUUACAGAGGCAAUUAGUGGCAAUUUACCAGCUUAUUUUUCACAUUGUGCAGUCCUUUAAUUCGACGUGUCUUUAUCCAUAGCUCAUGCAAGAGGAAAAGGUGGCAGUUUCCAGACUGUAAGCAACAAACACAAGGUAUGAUCAUUUGUUCUGGUAUGAAAUUUGUUAUUAUUUACCUUAGCAUUAGUCUCCAGUGCAGCCAUUUUGUCUCGUCACGUAAAGCAGCAUUGCAUGACAAGACAAAAAAUGGCUGCGUGGGAAACUACCUUACUUAGCAUUAAAUGGCUCCUAUUUCAAAAUGUCAUGUUUAUUCAUGUAACCAACUGAGGAAUGGCUGAGUUUGUUUCAAACAUUUCUUCCCAUAUUUUCAGUAAGACAAACCUAUAUUCAGCGGUCACCUCUAUUAAGAACACUCAACCAUAGGUCACGUGAGUGCUGUCCUCUUAAAGGAAUACCAUUACUGGGCAUGUAAGCCUUUAGUGCAAAUGCACCUGUACCUCCAGGGGUCUCCAUACUGGAAAAACAGCCCUUGCAAGUUAAUUGUACUGAAAAUCGGUUGUGCCCAUAUCUUUAUAAUCCAUAUCUUUAUCUUGAUGAGGCAGCAUGGCUGAGUCAGGCCAACUUGUCAGUCUCUGGCCUCUUGCUGGAUUAGUUCUCAGUUAUCCCGAGUUCAAAUCCUUAGCCACACUUGUAAAAUAGCCAACUGGUUCGCCUCUAUUAUUGUCUAUUGUACAGUUUCCACUACAACAGCCGUUUUUAGUGUAAUCACGUGUAGCAGACUACUUUUCUUGACUCAACUGAUGGACACCUUGUACAGUACCUGCCCUCAUUUUGUUCAACUGUAAGUUGCAAAAGGCCUGUUUCAGCACACAUGCAGUGUACCUAUAUAGUUUAUACAAUGAAACCAUCCUUUACCAGGCAGACUCCCAUUAAGCCAACAAACAUAGGGAGUACCCCCACUGGGCUUGUGAGCCCAAACUGCAAACACACAUGUACCCCCAGGGGCCUUCGUGGUGGAAAUACAUGUACGGCUCUUGCAAGCUAACUGUGUCCAUAUCUUCGUUAAGGAACAACUGACUCGACUGAUGGACACCCUGUACAGCACCUGCCCUCAUUUUGUUCGCUGCAUCGUUCCCAAUGAACACAAGAAGGCUGGCGUGAUUGAAUCAAGCCUUGUCUUGCACCAGCUCAGGUGUAAUGGUGUGCUGGAGGGUAUUCGUAUCUGCCGAAAGGGUUUUCCCAACAGAAUUCCCUUCCAAGAAUUCCGACAAAGGUAAGCAGUGAAAAACUCUCCCGAAGUGUAGGAUGGUCGAGAAUUAGAAUUGCCACUUCUAUGACUUAGAAUGAAGUUCCACAGGAAUUUUUUUUUUCGCUCUCCAGAUUGUUACUGGUUUUAUUUGGUGCCAGUGGAGACUUUGUAGAGUUUUGGGUGUUUCUUGUUGUUGCGGAAACUGUUGCUUCGCCUUUGUUUUUUGUUUUUUUGGGGGGUAUCGUUCAGUGUCUUUUGAAUCCCUUGUACUUCGUCAUUUGGUGAUUUUACCCGUCUGCAACAUCAGGAAAUUGCCGACAAUUUUAAAUCAGUGAAAAACAAAGGAAUUCUCGCACAUUUGUACAUGGACACGCGUAUUUUCAAAACGCGUAUAAUUAUGUAUACUGUAUGUUGUAACUGGACAACUAAAAUCUCGUGAAUUGAAAUGCCUCUUUUUUUUUUGCCUGUUUUUUUUCAGAUACCAGAUUUUGGCACCAACUGCCGUUGCUGGUGGAUUUGUUGAUGGCAAAAAAGCUUCUGAAAUGCUCCUGGAUGCCAUGCAGCUCGAGAAAGCUUCCUACAGAGUUGGAACUAGUAAGGUAAAUAGGGAUAUCCGAUAAUAUUUAGCAGCGAGACUCUCAAGUAACUAUGUUGUUCAAAAGUAAUGAUCCCUAGUAGCUGAAAGAGGGAAAAAAGUUGAUAAAAAUGAUAAGUAAAACUUUUAUUUUCACUUUCUCCAACUUCUGCCAAACAGGUAUUUUUCAGAGCUGGUGUCCUUGGAGAACUGGAAGACAUGCGAGAUGAAAGGUUGGCGAAGAUCAUCUCAAUGUUCCAAGCUUACUGUAAAGGCUACUUAAUGCGCAAGGAGUACCGCAAAAUGUGUGAUCAGAGGUAAGAGCAAGUCCAAUCGUAGUCUUUUAAAGAAAACCGCUCAAACGAUAUUAAGUUGUCACCCUUUCGCGAAAGGGAAUCGAAAAAACGCGAUUUUUGUAGCGCGGUUCGCGACUCUCGUGUACACGUAUACGAAAGGAGCUGCGAAAUUCUUGCACAAUCACUAGAACUUAUGUAUCAUUUCAUAUUUUUAGGCCAAUUAGGUAUUUAUUGGUUGUUGUUAGGCUAAUUUGGUGGGCGGUGUCUUGUAUUGAUUUAAUAACACCCCUCCUCCUACCCCUACACAAGAUAGUCCCUCUUGCACUAGACGAACACAAAAGGCUAAAAUAUAAUGAAUUGAUAUCCCUCUUCUAUCUGCAGAAUUGGAAUCGCCGUCAUCCAGCGUAACGUGAGAAAGUAUCUGUUCUUGAGAAACUGGUCUUGGUGGAGACUCUACACAAAGGUACAAGAAAACACACUCAUUAAAAAAUACCCAACCUUACACUUUCAUAACUUCUUGUGCUACAAUCAAUCGAAUAAAGUUUGAUUCACGGUCAAGCCUGAUUUUUUGCAUGUUCUUUUUCACAAACUGCUUAGGUUGUUCAUUCUACUUCGAAGAUCAUGUUCACUUUCUUAUCAAAUCUUAUUCGUCAUAAAAUUUGAGACGUCAUUAACAAAAAUAUCCUGCUUGAAAUAGAAUGUUGUCAAAUCCUGCUUCUUUGCUUGGUUGCUCUUGCAUACCAGGCUGUUUCAGCUUCCUCUUUCUUGAAGUCUUUACCUGUUUUCAGCUGUCCUCGAUUUUCUCUUAUUCCUCUCUGAAUAUUUUUGUUACCCCAGGUCAAACCUCUACUCAACAUCGCUCGUGCUGACGAGGAAAUGAGGGAAAAGGCAGAAGAGGUAAUGUAUUCUUUUUAGCUGAACGAGUGGAAACUAAGGAAACGUUAAGUUUUCUCAGUAAUAAGAAUUGCAAAUACGUCGUAAAUAUGCAUAAAACUCCCUACUCUUUUGCUUUCGUAAGUGUCGAAGUCAAAGUGACACAGUAUAUCUGAGUGAAAAUACUGAAAAACACAAGUACUGUUGUACCUGGCGAAAGUAAGAUCGGAUAGGUUUCAAAUCGCAGGAUUUCUUCCACUGAAUUAAAAGUAGUAACCUGCAUUGACACCGGAAGUGAGAAAGUUCAGAAGUGAAACUUGUCUGAUGCGAAUCCAGUGACGGACGAGCUCAAGGUACAAGGUUUUUUUCCAAUGAGAGUUGAAAUUACUCAGUUUCCUAAUGGAUUCCAUCUUAAAGUAAGCAUACCGCACGCGACAAAGUCGUCAUCACCUUCCACGUUUUCGUAUCCUUCAUGCGAUGUUUCAGUUAUUUCACACCGCAACAGGUCCUCUAACACACAGUCCGACGUACUUAACUGGUCCUUUUGUCUGUCCAAAAUCGGUCUCAAAAUUUACUUCGUAACCGUUUCUAGUCAGAUGAUAUGCAAUGUCAAAAUGCCAUUAGAAUCAACGGUGACAGAUACUGUCAGGUCUUGUUUCUGAAUAAACCGAAAGCAAAACUAAAUACAAACAAAUUUUAUUUCCGAGGGUAUUUAAUAAAAUAACAAGGAUAUCGCUUAACGCUCCUCUGGGUUACCUUAUCACUCAACAGUUCUAUUAAGUGCAUGUACUGAAGAGGAAUUUUAAUCCCUUUUUAAAAUCUGUGCUCGUAACCAACUACUCAAGAGCUAAAAGUACGUCAAAAACCUUAAAGGCGAAGUUAAGACAGGUUAUUUUUUUCAGUUUUCCGAAAUUGGAAAGUUAGCCGGAUUUCGUGACAUCGUGUUUAAAUCAGCGAAAGAGCCAGGCUUAUCUGAUCGUUUUGGUAUAUUAUUUCUUCUGUUAUUUAGCUCAAGAAGCUACAGGAGCGAUUUGGAAAGGAAGAAGAGCUGCGUAAAGAACUGGAAGAGAAGCUCACAAAACUCAUGGAAGAAAAGAAUGAGCUGUUCCAGAAUCUCCAAAGUGUAAGGAAUAUUUAGUGUCCUUUAUUUUAUAAAUCAGGAACAUUUAAUUAACCUUGAAAAAUAGUCGCAAAGAAUGAAAACAGACACUUUUCUACAAGGCCACUUAGUCAUGUGGAUGUGCUUUGAAAUAGUUUAAGUCAGUCACUUAGUUUCCAGAAUUGGCCACAGGAAAAAAUGUCGCUAGUAAUUAAAGAGCGUGCAUUUUGACUCUUGCGUUUGCUAGUCGUUGCUAAGCGAGUUCUCUGUCAAUUUAGUCUUCAAUUUGAAAUGACAGUCACUGCCGUGAUUUUUCUGCGUCGCUCUCAUGUCCCCAGUUGAUAAGGCUCGCAUUUUAUGCAUUGCCAGACAUCAAAUAACCUUAAUUUCUUUUCAGAAUACCAAACAACCACCCAGGGAGUCAGAUUAGAACAAAGCGGGCUUUUUUUGCUAUAAGUGAGGAUUCUUUGAUUUCGGGUGGAUAUCCUAUCCUAUACUGCUGUUGUCUUUAAAUUCUCGGACCUGAGUGAUAAAAGGAAGUUUAUAGAGACCUGAGUUAGGGGAAAUACGCAUAGCCUGCAGCAGGCGCCGUUUACUUUUUAAGGACGAAGGGACAAAUUUUCGGGAGCGCGCAUGCUCCCUUCUCCACUUAGCUUGUUCCCCUCGCGCGCCGCGCCUGCCACGCAGGCUAAAUGAACAUUCGAAAUUUGUGUGUCACAGGAGCAAGACGCUUGUGCUGAUGCUGAAGACAGAGCAGCUCAGUUUCAGAAAGAAAAGGACAAACUUGAGGAACAAGUUAAGGUAAGGCGAGAAAAUAAAUAGAUAAAUAAAUAUACAAUUGUUUAAUUUUGAAGCCACAAAGCAUAAUAUUUCCUGUAAACAAAAUAAAGACACUAUUGCCGAUAUGGAAUACCAGCACAGAUCUUAUCAAGAAGUGCUUUUUGACGUCUACUUUUAAAUAGCAGCUUACUUAAAAUAUCAGGUUCUAAAGGUGAUUUUCAAGGGCAAGACUCCAAAUUAGACAGGAUUUAAACUGUAGUGUUGAUCUGGAGAUCUGUUCCUUAUACCGUAACUCAAUUUUCGGUUGUAAGGGAAUAACAGGCCGUUUUAGAAGUUGAUCACUUUACGUUAGACUUUUCAUGGGACGAACCAAACUCUUUAAUUUGGGUCGACCUAUAUAUAAAGUUAAAAUCGUCUGUUGGGUCAGACAUCAAACUUAAGACGCGUCGAACCAAUCAACAGAAUAAGACCAAAAAUCACUUUAAGCCGAACUAAGCUUAGUAUGUUGUUUAGUUUAGUUCGUCGCAUGUUAAGACUCGACCUUUGUCGCGGAGACAAUCUUCAGACGUUCCAUCCGUCUGAAGCAUAGAACGUGUUGGACGAUCCAAACUCAUUUAGACCAACUUAACUGAGCCAGACGUCGAACUUUUUAUGAAAUUAACUCACUAACUUUGGUUCGUCUCAUGAAAAGUUCGACUUUUGGUGUAGGCCUUAGGUUACGUUCACACUGGACGAAUUUUCGACUGGUUGAAAAUUCGUGCGUGUCUUUGCUGCGUUCCCACGGAACCACGUUAACCGUUAAAAAAUUCAGACGCCUAGCCUUUCAAAAACUAUGACUAUAACGCCAUUAUCGAGGUCAAAUGUUUAGCUGGUACAGCCAUUUUUGACCGGCGCGGUGUGAACGCCUUAACUAUCUAAGAAUGGCUGCGAUGAGUAGUGCCGAAUCUAACCUCAAAGAACUGUAGCAGUCUCUAUUGUUUAAGCUCAUAAGCUUUGGAUCUGAGACACGUUAAUUUCGACGUCUGAGAGCAACUUUUAGCUUAAGCCUUUUCAUGAAAUUUUCCAUAAGCCCUUGGUGUCUUCGCCUGAAAAUUGCUUAUGCCUACCAAAUGGGCCUUGCUAUUUGAGAGCAUUUUAAUCCAUUUUUCAGGGUUGAGCAUUAAAGUGCUUUGCUUUUUUUUACAGGAUCUCUCCGAACAGCUUGACGAUGAAGAAGAAAACAGCGCUGAAAUGGCAGAGACGAAGAAAAAAAUGGAAGGGGAAAUUGAUGAUCUCAAACAAGACGUGGAAGACCUAGAAUCCGCUCUUAAAAAGGUGUGACAGCUUGGUUAUCAACUGGUUAAACUCUAAUCAGUUUUGGACUGGGAGUGAUGUUGGAGUCAAUUCGAAAGUGCUCAUGUAGUUAACCUGCGAAAACAGCCCUCUCUCUCCUCGCCACUCACCGCCACCGGUAAGGAGCGAGAAGAGAGGGCUGUUUUCGCAGGCUAUCAUGUAGUGGGUCAGCUGGAGGACUCAUUGUUUAACCUGCGACUCAUUUCCAGUAAUUUCAGUUUCCAGAGCGCUCUCUGUAUUGUUCGUUCUACCUUCUCGCGAAAUUAAGGGGGUAAAACUCGACUCUGGCAUGAACGAAAACGCAUCCAUGGGAGUAAUAGACUCCGCCCUCUUUUCCUCCUUGUCCCACCCCAACCAAAAUGGCGGCCAUUGCUUGAUUUCUAUGUGAUUCGUUUUCAGGCUGAAUCAGAUAUCGCAGCAAAAGAGAAAAACGCCGAACAGCUUCAAGAUGAGCUGGCCGCUCAAGAUGAAUCAAUAUCUAAAUUAUCAAAGGAAAAGAAAAAUCUUGAAGAGGCAAAACAGGUUAGUAAUCCAGAGAACAUCGGCCAAACUGGAGAAAGCGAGCGUGAAAGUGAGGUAUGCGAGGGCCCAAAAAUUUUCCUUAGCUCCCUCCCAAUUUUUCUCGAGUGAAAUAUUCAGUAAGAACCCUUCUUUGUUCAAUGCAGUGUACAAGAAAAAGAUUGCUUGUUUAGCCUUAGUCAUGCGAGAGCGGGACACGAAAAGGAGACGCUUUCUCUUGUUGUCCACUUCGCUUGCCACUCGAAAUGGAGAGUUUGCUAGCAGGCUUAUCUUCUCACCUCUUGAUUUGAUAAAUUGCCAACCUUACACUGACCUUUGUCGUUUACUUUAAACGUGAUUCUAUAAAUCUGAAGUGUUUUAUUUAUUUUUCUCCUCUUAUUGAAGCUCGCUUCGCUCGCUUUUAAGAACUAAUGCGCGGUCGACUUGUUGCAAGUCUAGCUAGAUAAGAGAGGGAAUCAAUACUUGUUUUUUCAGGAACUUGAAGACCAGCUUCAAGAAGAGGAAAACAAAGUGAAUCACCUAAAUAAAUUAAAGGGGAAACUGGAAGGAGAGAUCGAUGAGGUAGGUGAAAGGAAUUUAGUUGUUAAGAAGCGAAGGCGUGGUAGUGCGGUAAUAUGCAUUGCAACAUGCCAGAUUCCAGAUCUAGAUCGGGCUCGAACUUUUAUCCUGUGGUCAUUUCCGUAGACAAGAUGAUUUGUUUCUCAUUGUCUCUCUUAACUCAGGUUUAUACAAUGGUAACCGGAUGUAUCAUGUCCGGGAUGAUCCUGUUAUGGACUAUCUCCAGGGCAUAGUAACAACACCCUUUAUGCCACGGGGCUGAAUUAACCCCAGGUCUUUAAAGAGUUAAAGCAAAGACGGUGGUGGUGGAACGUCUCUUUAAAAGUGAAUUCACGCUGUUUCAAAAUUCAUCGCUCUUAUUCCAUGCCGUUCAAUUGUAAAAAUGGUGGAUUCUUGAAUUGGAAAGGACUAUAGCUUAGGGCCUGUUUACAUAGAGGUGGGUGACCAGGUGAGGCAACCCUUUCAGGUAGGGUAAAAAAACAACCCGCGUUUACAUGCAAUCUCAAAACCCCGCCAUCCCGGGGUGCACUUUCUCAAGACAGGAAUGGUCGCUAAGCAUGUAAACAAAAAAAGAUGGUGGGCAAACGACGUGUUUUGGCGAUUAAUGCUCUUCUAGUCUCACUUACUGCUCUUGAUGCAACCUAUCAGUGCUGUGGCUGAUAUCAAAGCCUCCACCAAAAGCAGUUGGAACGAAUUUGAUUUAACACGAAUCCGAACCCGGCCGGCUGAGCCGAGCAACCCGCCUCGGCGGGUCACCCUACUUAGCCCAGCUAUCAUAUAAGCGUGAUCAAAUUAAAAUGAGAGGUCUUAUGGACAGGCGGGUUACCGGUCCCCCAUCUCCAUGACAAUAGGCCCUUUAAAACUAUUGCUUUUUUGCCGUUCUCGUUGCCAUCGUCGUUGCCGGUACUUAAGCGUUAAGUUCCCUAUUUUUGCCACCUGGGAAACUUCACAAAACUCAUGACUUCUUAUGGUGGGUCGUAUCUGGCGUUAGCUGUGUUACAUUGUAUUUUAUGAAACUAGCCCGUGGAGACGGAAAGAAGAGUGGCAACAAGGUUGAACUUACCUGACUUCACCUUAAUGUUCGUGAUAGAACCACCUUAAAAUACUGGCAUAGUAACAACAAGUUUAGCUAUAGUAGUUCCCAACAUUUAGACGGUAGGGAUUUUGCGAGCGGAGCGAAAGAAAAAGCAAGAAAAAGGCUACCCGUAGCACGCGAUUCUGUCGGCGAUUUAGUUUUUAGUGACUUGUACGAAAAGGUAGCGUGACUACAAGAAAUGCUUGUUGUGUGUUGCAUUGCAGAUAGCAGACAAUUUGGAAAGAGAGAAGAAAUCCCGUGCAGAUGUCGAAAAAGUUAAAAGGAAACUCGAAGGAGACCUUAAGGUGAGUAACUUUUAAACUCCUAAUUAAGAGCGCCAUAAUUAGAAUUCAAGGGAGUUCUUAGUUAUAAAUAUUGACCAAGUGAAGCCUUGACCACUUUACGGCGAGAUCAUCAUUUAGUCAAUCCGGCUGACUUUGGAAUCUGUGGGCAAAAUCCUAUGGUGGGAAAGCGGUCGUCAUGCUGUCAUGACACAAAGUCGUUUCGAUACGACCUCAAGCACUGAAAUUACGCAAGAAAUUUCGAUCACUUCAAUUUUAGUUUGUGCGUAGUGAACAGAGAGAAAACAUUUGGGGUGACGAUUCAUCGUUCUGUAAGCCAACUAUUUACUCCUACAGUAGUGAUUAAACUUGUAUCCAAACGACCGGUAACCCAUAGUGUCACCGCUGAAAUGAAACAUCUGUAGCCGAACUUUUACAUAGUAAUAUUUAUUUCUUAGGAUGUACAUAAAGAAAUCUGAUUUUUUUGGUGAAUUUUUUAUUUGGCCAUUGUUAGGGGUGAAAGUGUAAGGUUCAAUUAGUAAAUGUAUGCAAGUCAACUUCAAACCAAGGGUGACGUAAAUUGGAAGAGUUACUAAUCGUAUAAAUAUAAUAAAUAUACUGACUCUAUUUUUCAUUAUUUUUGUGUAUUAGAUGACCCAAGACAACCUGGAAGAUGUGAAGGGUGAAAAAUCGCGCCUUGAGGACGAUUUGCGCAAGUAAAUGUCUCGAUUUUCCCAGUGUCUUUUGUCUGAAAAACUUCUAAAGGUUUUAUAAAUUAAACUUACCAUUGUGUCUGAUUAUGCCCGCAGGAAAGAGCAAGAACUCAAUGAAAGCAAUGGCAACAACGAGAAUCUUCAAGCGCAGAUCGAUUCUCUUAAAAAGAAGAUCAGAGAAUUAGAAGUAUGUUUCUCGCCCCCCCCGGGGGGGGGUACUCGAUAUAUCCCUGGAUGGGGAGGUGCGGCGCGGCCCCUCAUACCCUGACCCUGUUUAAGACAAAUAUCGCUGAUUUUCCUACCCUGUUUAAGACAGAAUUCCGAUUUUUGAUACCCUGUUUAAGACAUUUAUCCUGUUUAAGACAAAAAUUGAUAAAUCGAUACCCUGAUUAAGACAAAAAAUGAUAAAUUCGAUACCCUGUCUAAGACAAAAAUCCCGAAAAACAUACCCUGGCUGGCCGCACGUCCCCAUUAAGCCCUUAUAAGGGAGUACCCCCCCCCCCGGGGGUUUCUCGGCCCCUUUUCUUCCAGUCUGUAUCUUGUAUGCCCAUGGCAGCGUAUAGCCGUCGCAUUUGCCCGUUGCAAUUUUUUAUUAUAUUGAUUGCCAUUAAGGGUAUACACCCUAAUUAAGCGGGUGCUUAAUUUCAGAGUACGUUCAUCAAGUAAAUCUGAUUUGAAGAGAACCUCACGCUUUAAUGAGUCAUUACUCAUGACUUUGGGACAAUACUAGAUAGAAAAUUUCAGUUAAUCCUCUAAGUCCCAAUAGUCACCAAUGUCAAUUUCUCCUAACGAUAUCCAUACACUGUCAAGAGAUUAGGAUAUGAGAAUUAAUAAAACGAUCACUAAAGAAAAAAUGCCUUGGGCCCGGUUCCUUGAAAGAUGGUUAAGUUUAACCCAGGAUUAAACCACAUUUCAAGCAUGGUUUUCUAGUCUAAGAACAUGCAACUCAAGGUUACAAAAUUCUGGUGAGCCUUUACCACGAGAUACAGGAAUGAUAACACAAAAUGUUACCCUAAGCGAUGCAGAAGACUGUAAAAUACAAAAACGGAACAAAAUUGAAAUCCUGGGUUCACGUUAAUCGGCCUUUUAGGAACCGGGCCUUGAUCAUUUAUCAAAUUCUCUCAACACAAUCUUUAAGAAAAUGUAUGGAGAUCAGUUUGGAGAAUUUGUAUGUGGAUAUUGGAUAUUAAAGGGUUAAAGUUUUAGUUACAAUUCUUAUGCGAGUGCACUCCUGGCUCCGCCGGUUCAAACACCGAAUAGCGCUCUCCAUCGGAUAAAUUACUAUUCAGCGGAUAAAUAUUAGGGAAACCAAUUGCACUAUCCACUGGAUAGAGAUUUAUCCUUUGGAUAGCGUUAUCCAUCUUUCGAACAACUAGGCCCAGUUCAUUAGGCAAUGAAACCUUCUAAAAAGCGUUAACCAACUGAAUAUGUUGUUUGUGCUCGUCACGUUGUGGCCUUGUUAAUUGGGUUUGACAGUCUUCUAUUUUCGGUUAAGUCCUUUGCGAGAUUUUCUUUGUGAGGUUUUUUUUUCUGGCUGAAUUUUAAUGAAUCAUUAACUAAACAGUUAAAAAACCCUCUUACAUGCAGUUAUGUAGUUAUGCAUUCUUUCAAAGUCACGAGGUGGUAAUUCUGUCGCUGUUCCGAGCGAAUGAAUAGGCGCGGUGUUUAGUGCACUUCUGCGCUGAAAUUUAGCGUUUUGUUCGGUUAUCUUCUUUUGAAUUUAACCGCUUUAAAACAUGUGGGAAGCAGAAUGUGACAAGUACAAAUUCUUUGACUCUCCGGUCAAGGAAUCGGCUGAAUUGGCUGUAAGUAGAUCGAUCUUCUAUGUCGCGUGUAAGAUAAGGAGAUUUAAGACAUUCCAGGCAAUUUGCACCACUCUGUAAAUGUGCCCCUGUGUUUAUAGUCAGCACAAGCCUGAGUUUAAAGAUGCCAAGGCAAAACUAUUCGCAGUUACCAGAAGGACAGUGAAUUCUACAGUGCACGCUCAUAGUAUUUGGUCGGAAUAGCCAAUUGUAUUAUGUUUGACGUAAAGUGUUAUGACCUCAGCAGCCUGUUAACAAGGUUUGAGUGUUUCAAAAACAGUUGUAUUCGUUUAACUGACAUCUGUAUCUCUCUCUUCAUUUUUAUAGGCCAAAGUCGAGGAACUCGAGGAAGAACUUGAAGCUGAGAAAAAUGCGCGAGCCAAGGUGCGAGGCAAUUUUUUUAAUAGUUAAUUGCCAGAUGUUGUAAUAUUUUGCUAUGAGUAUGUGCCUACAUGUCUGGAUGUAGGCCGACAACACAAACUGCUUACCGACUGAACAACUGAUUUGAAUUUGAAUAACAUUUUUCUCGCUUUUGCAAACACCGGAUUACGCAAUUACGACCUUACGCUAAUUUAAAUAAUUCUGGGAAUUCUGCGUUCAUUUAGCGUUACUAUAGACAUCUUUGACCAUAGAUUAAAACUUUCCAUCGCAGAGUCCUUUUAAAAAUGCGCCUUUUGUUUUCUCCUUUUGCGCCUUUCUUAAUGCGCCUUUUGUUAAGCAACUUAAAAUGUAGUGGCAUCUUUAAUUGUGAUCUGGACAAAGUUGUUAUUUGUUUCACUCCCACUAAACGAAGUCAAGGAGAGAUUAACGUCACUUGAGCGUUUUUAAAAUUUUGUUGGUAAAAUCCUAUGGUGUUAAACUGGCUUCGUUACCUAUAAAUAGUACUAUUUAUUUCUCAGAAUUUUACCCCACAAAAUGCGAAUUUUCCGUGCACUUUUCUUCGGCCACCAUAAGAAGUGAAGGGUUCAUGAGAAGGGAACUUUUGUACUAAUGCACUCCAAUAAAUUAUGGACGCACGACGGGUUUUUCUAACGGGCGUUUAAUUGUAAGCACUGAGAAACAUUCCAAUAAAACCUCUUCAUCAGUAUUUCCAAUGGUACGAUAUGACUUUUUGCAAUUUCAAAAGAGAUGGUUAAAUGAAAUUUAUCGAACUCUAGUGUGAUCUAACGUAACUAAGUCGCGUGUCGGUGUUUGUGGGGGCUUCAUCUUUGUUUCCAAUUAACCCUUUAUGAGUUUUCAUGUAGUACCGGAAGUAUCUUAUAUUUCUCAAAGAACGUGUUCACAUGCUGGUAUUAAAUGUUGACUCUUUUAAAUCCUUUUCACUGUCAGAGUGAAUGAUGAAGUCUUGUAAAGCGAUCCUAACUUUUGAGUCUGAGGACGAAAUUCUGUGAUGUGACCAUUCAAAUGAAAUCUGAGCGGCAUUUCUGUAACGUGGUGCUAUUUGUGUUUCAGCAUUUUACAUGAUGAAAUUUGGCAAUUUUGCCUAAAUUUGCCUUUCGCCAAAAGGGGUUGAAAAUUCGUACGAUUGGGUUUGAUUUUUAUUAUCACUUUGCUGACUUUACCCUCUGGAUCCAAAAACCCGAAUGCUUGUAACAACCUUGUCACGCAUAAAUUAUCUCCAAUACAAUUUUUUGAUGAUAUAAUUCAUUGCGUAGUUGAGUUCAAUGUAUCAGUUGGGAUGCUAAUGCUAACCACAAUAUAAUUCAAGUCAAUCAUUGUACGAAUCGUUUGUAAAAUAACUGAAAUUUUUCAUAAUAUACGAAUAUUGAAAGAUUUUCAUACUUACUCCCCAGGAUACCCAGGCUAUCAGUUGCUCAGUUUAAUUUGCUAAGUUUUCAAUCUGUUCUGAAACAGGCCGAGCGCGCUCGAAUGGAGCUUGAGAGGGAGUUGGACGACUUAAAUGAACGCUUGGAAGAACAAGGCGGCGCCACCCAAGCUCAGGUAAAAAAGUGGCUUUAUGGGGGUAGUCUGCGUGGUAAGAGAAAUGAAGGGGAAGGGGGAGGGUUUCCUUUAAUCGGAAACGCUUGCUACACAGACUAUUAUGGAGGUAGCACGAUAACUGGUGACUCCGUCGCGGGCAAAGUAGAAACAUUAACCAGGAUCGAACAUUAAUAGGAUGAACCCAAAGCUGAUUAAAAAAUUGCCUUUAGGAGCAGAGUCCUACGUAAAAAUUACAUGGAAGGGCUUUUUCACACAGUCCCAAGUUCUUUUGUAUUCUAUUGUAGUUAUUAGGCUGAUUGAUUAAUUUAUCAUCCAUCAUUCUAACGUUUAUCCUUAUCAGCUAUGCUUCGGCUUAUAUCUUGGCACGUUAUUUUUUUGCUGUUCUCAGAUGGAACUCAACAAGAAACGCGAAACUGACAUCACAAAACUCCGACGAGAACUCGAAGAACAGGCCUCCCAACACGAACAGUCCGUCAACAGCAUGCGAGCGAAACAAAAUGCGGCCUUACAAGAACUUCAGGAGGAUUUAGAUGCUUUGAAGAAAACGAAAUCGAAGUGAGUGUUUCGUGUUACCGCGGAGAUGACAAGAAAGGCUCUAACCUUUUUCACGGUGACUUUCCUAUUUUCGCGACCAACAGGUCAUUUAAUUCUGUUUUUCAGAAUCGAGAAGGAGAAGAACGCUCUGCAGAGUGAUAAUGAUGAACUUGUGGGAAACCUAGAGACACUGGAAAAACAGAAGGUAGCGUUGCUUCUUAAAGGCGCGUGAUACUUCGCAACGAUUCGCAACGACGAUAGCAUUACAACAUUGUUGCAACAUUGUUCCAAUAUUGCAACGCUGCAUGUGUUGCACUUAAAAUCGUCCUUGCGAAUCGUCUCCUGUAAAAUCGCACCUUAAACCUAUACGAAAAAAAAAACGGUGUUAAAGCAAGGGUGUCUAAAUUUAUUAUUGUUGUUAUUAUUACUAUUAUUAUUAUUAUUUUUUCUUUUCGUCCAAAAUUUCAAUGAACCCUGCAAUAUAUUAUGAGAGGGGAGGUUACCUUCAAAUCAUAGCUUAGUGUAUUUCGACUUCUGAUGUUGCGUUAAUCGUGGACGCGGUUGUUUUCAUGUACGAUACUUUGAAAACGGAUCUCCAGAUCCAGAAUUGGGCGGGCGCUUCUCUUUUGUUGAAACACUCCUUCUCUUCUUGUUUUCAGAUCCAGUGGGACAAACAGAACCGCCAUCUCGAAGAACAGCUCUCUGAGCACAGAUACCAGGUAAAUGCACGUCACCAGUUAAGGAGAAGAAGGGAGAAACACUCGACUACAAGUUUCAACCUACACUUCUUUCGUGCUCUAGCCGGCUUCCUGUGCGCUUAUCAACAGAACAGAGGUCAAUCAAGGCUUCUUAAUUUGUUAAUUAUUAAUUGUUUGAUUCGUAGGUGGACGAUUUGAAGAAACAGGUUGGAGAUUUGUCGGUCGUUAACUCUCGUCUUGAUAAGGAGGUCGCGGAUCUUGGAUCCAAACUCGAGGAGAGUGAAUCCAAAUUUGGAAGUCUUACGAAAGCAAAGAAAGGUCAAGAUCAGACAGUCGAAGAACUAAAGAGAAACAUUGAAGAUGAGACUAGAGUAAGUGGUUGUUUCUCGUUAAAAAAAAACGUUUGCGGAAAACUCGGUUUGAAAGUGAACUGAACACGAAUCGCAGUGGAAAAUUUCCGGGAGCAACGGAAUGUAAAAUGAAGUCCUGUUUUUCUGGACGGAAUGUUCCAAGCGGUAAUCUGUUCCAUUUCUUCAAAGCUGUCUUUGAUAUCAGUUUCAGGCUUUCGCGGCCUUUUUACGGUAAAUGGAACUGACUUGUGUAAAUAAUAAAUUUACGCAAUUCCGGGACGCAGUUAAAGGGGCGCCUUCAACCUGUGUGCAUUGCGGUCGUACACCUCCCCGAAUACAGAAAUCAAGAAGGUGAUUUGUGUGCUUGAUAACAGGAUUGUAUCUAUGUUUCUUUUAAGAAGAGUAUCACAGCCUGCUAUUGCCUUAGGUUGUGAAGAUACAGUCCGAUUUUCAAACACAAUCAGAACGUUCUUAAUUUCUGUAUUACAGCAAAUGAUUUCGGUGAAGUGCACGACCGCGAUGCACUCUGAUUGAAUUAAGUGCCCCUUUAAUCACUCCUGAAUUUUGCUUACCAUUUGCCCAAACUGAGAACCGAUAGGGUUUGCCGAUGUAAAUGGUAAACGGCCAGUGUUACCAAUUUGUUUUGAGAUGAGUGGUUUACUUUGACCACAAUAAACUUCGCAACGUUUGUAGCACAGUGAAGUGGUGACAGCCGUUAAUUACCGUGCGUUGUUCCUUUCGUUAGCUUAAACUCGACGCCCAGAGCAAACUGAGGAAUGCCGAAGCAGAACUCGACAACAUGCAGGAACAGAUCGAGGAGCUGGAGGACGGAAAAGCUGAUCUGCAGAAACAGCUUGCGAGAGCCAAUGCAGAGCUCUCUCAGAUGAAAGCCAAGUUUGAACAGGAAGUUUCUGGCAGGCUUGAGGAACUAGAGGACGCCAAGUAAGCACCAACAAACACUUUUCACGUCCGGAUGUUAUAAUUGUAUCGUGUGUGCGGUUGAUUCAAUUUAGACUACGAGCCGUUAGACUAUCUGCUCACAACCUUAGCCCUGUCACCCCUAGAGCUGGCCAAGCACUUUUAAAAGAACAGCUGAAGAGGUUUCAUUUGAAUGGUCACACCAUUUAUUUCGUCUACAGACUUCAAAGUUAGAACUUCACCCUAAAUAAAUGGUACCAUGUGACAAUAUUGUUGAAGAGGUUUCAUUUGAAUGGCCACACCAUAGGAUUUCAUCCACAGACUCAAAAGUUAGAACUACAUACUAAAUAAAUAGUACCAUGUGAAAGUACUGUUGAAGAGGUUUCAUUUGAAUGGUCACAGCAUAGUCACACCAUAGGAUUUCGCCCAUAGACUCAAACGUCAGAAUCACCAGUGCCAGAAGGGCGGUAAAUUACUAUUGAGGGAUCACGAUGCCAAAGGAACAUUCGGGAUCUCGUUUACUUCCUCAUUGAUGUUAUAUUUUUUUUAGCGGGGUGGGGGGCUGCUUUAUCGGCUCGUAUUCCCUCAGCAGUCAGUCACCAAACCCGACCUAGAACAGGUCCUCGCAGGUCCGGAUCAGCGAUACCUGGACGUAAAAUCGGCCGUCGUGGUGUAGAAGUCGCUAUACUGCCUCCGCAUUCGUAGCACCCUCGAGUGUUUAGUUUGGUCUCCUUUGCACUGCGAUCGUGCCCUCCCUAUAUCUCGCGAUGUCUUUAAAAAGCAACCCUCGCAGGAGGAGUCCCGUCAUAGUUGGAUUCCGAAUUUCAACUCAAAUCUUAAAAAAAAAAAAGUGUUUGUCAUGGCGAGGUCCCCGUAAAGGCGAGAGAUUUUUCAUAACAUUAUUUUUUAACGCUGAUACUUUCUUGCAGGAAAAAGCUGACUCAGAAACUGGCGGAAACCGAAGAAGCGCUCUCCACCGCCUCGCAGAAAGCUAGCAAUGCUGAGAAAGCCAAGAACAGACUUAAUUCAGAGUUGGAAGAUGCCCUUAUCGACCUGGAGAAGGUUAGUUGAGUCAGGGCAAGGGAAGUGCCAGGGGCAGCCAACGACUUUUUCUCCAUAAAAUAACUGUUCAAAGGAGCAAAUAUCGCCCAACUGAAAAUUUCUCAAUCUCGAGAAAGGUGCAAAAUUUCUGGAUAACCGUUCCAUUCGACUAAGAUAUUCGGAGUUUUAAGGUCAGCUCCAAAUUGACCACACAUGCUUCUAAAGUAUAGACAAUUUAUUUGGGACACUUCUGAUGUGUUUCAAAUCAUUUUGUGGUUGGAUGCCCCUGAAGUGCCAAACGUGAAAUCCAGGCGUUUAGGGCUAAGCCCCUAAUGGCCGAAGUCAGAAUGGUUGAAAGACAACGGUACAUGGUGGAAUGUUAGCGGACGAGAAACUCAGAGAAAGAGAAUUGUUGCUGAUUGGAACCCAGUAAGGAAAGAGUGAUGCAUUUCAACCUCAGAUACUUUAAUGACGGACGCCGGUGCGUCGUACCAAAGGCGUCAUAAUGAGAAGCUCUUCGUGGGGAAAGAGAGGCAGGUUAUACUCAGUUCUGAUGAGGUGUUAUUGAAACGUAGCUUUACAACGACUUUGUUCUAAAGAGAGAAUCCUUGAAGCCUUUAUACCAUCACAGUUUUAUUCAAUGUAAUUAAAUCCGAAAUGUCUUGGUGUUUGAAUAUCUUUGUAACAAGUUUAUUUUUUCGUUUUCUAUCGGUAGGCUCAGACAAACAGCGCCAACCUCGAGAAGAAACAAAAGAAGUUCGAUCAACAAAUCAACGAGUGGAAGAUAAGAUGUGACGAGCUGCAAACUGAGGUAGACAGUGCACAGAAGGAAGCUCGCAACUAUUCCACUGAGGUUAGUCGUAUUUUCUGUCAGUCAUUCAAGCAGUUUUUAUACAUUAUCGAAAGACGCUUUGCAAUUGGCUGAAAAAUCUCAGCUGACAUUCAUGAUCAAUCAGAAGUAGCACUAUAACCAGUCCUUUGUUAGUUUCACUGGUUUUCCCGCGCUUUGCAUCAUACCUGUAGUUGCUUUGACUUUUGAUUGGUUCAUCAGAUUAUCAGCGCCUGUUAUGAUUGGCCGAAAUAAUAGAGAGAUUUAAAUCACGUUUACGACAAACGCGAACGGCAACUGUGCCACGUGAUAAUUUUAUUAUAUAUAUAUAUAUAUAUAUGUAAAAAUUAAGUAGUUUUAUGUAGGGUUGAUGGUAUAAGAAUUACUAUGCACAGGUUUUAUCUGCUUAUUUCUUCAAACAAAAUUAAAGGAUUUGUCAAGUGAAAUCUGUUAAAUCUAUCCGUUUGCCGUAGACUUGACUCUUGAACUCUCUAAUAGCCUGUUUUUGAUUUACGACACUCCAUUUAAGCCAUUCUUACCAACACUAGCAAAUUGUUGUUUUCAUUUUCUUUUCACACAGUUCUGGGAGCGUUAGAAACACUCUAUGCUCUAGCAGUGCCUGGUGGCCUGUGGCACCUAACUUUUGCUCUCAGACGACUAGAAAAUCUUAGUUUUAUCAUACAAAUCAUAUGCUGGGCACCCUAGAUUUUAUAGGAUCAGAGUACUGGGCUCCCUUUAACUUUCCUUAGAGCACAGCCUUGUGACUGAGGUCUUAAAGCUGAUGUCAGGUUUUGUUUGGUUAUAGAUGUACAAACUGAAGGGUCUGAAUGAAGAGAUGAGUGAGCAGAUUGAAGCGAUGAAACGAGAAAAAAAGAGUCUCGAAGGUUUGAUAUUUGUAAAUUGAUACCUCUAAAUCAUAAUGGCCUUUGUGUAAAAGCCUACGGAAAGCUUUCUUAGCGCGACUUUGUAAAAUUGCAUGCUAAUCUUGUGUUUUGAUCUUCGUGUACCAGCCGAGGUUGCUGAGUUGGCGGAUCAGCUUGGAGAGGGCGGCAAGUCAUUUGUGGAGACUGAGAAGGCGAAAAAGAGACUGGAGAUGGAGAAAGACGAACUGCAAAGCGCAUUAGAGGUAAAGUCAUGCGUAAUACACGUGACCUUUUAUUACUUGAUUGGGGCGACAGCACGGUGUACAAUGGAACGCAGUGUUAAGGACACUUCAUUUUGUUUUACAGGAAGUAGAAGCUGCUCUUGAAGCCGAAGAAUCUAAAGUAACACGUGCGCAACUUGAACUCACUCAGUACAAACAGGAGGCUGAGAAGAGAAUGGCCGACAAAGACGAGGAAUUGGAGAACCUAAGGUAUCUCCCGUACAUUUAGCAGUCAGUUUUAACCAACUUUGUUAGAUAGCUGUCUUCCACAAGUGGAGCGAAUUCCUGGUUCUGAUUGGUUACCCGAGCGGGCAAGAAAGCAGCCUGCGUGACAGGCGCCUGUCAUAUUUGAUUAGUUUUUAUAGAGCACGCGAGGGCAGCACGCGUGCGCGCGCGCGUCAUCGAAAUUCUCCCUUUACCCUAAGCAAACCGGCGCCUCCUACGCAGACUAGCAAGAAAGGCCAAUAUCCAGCCGUAGUGACCUCAAGCGGUUUUUUCAAGAAAUUCGUUUCCUUUCUUUAUAGAAAGAACCACAAUCGUCAACUGGAGAGUUUGCAGGCUUCUCUGGAAACCGAAGUCAAAGCAAAGAGCGACUUGGUAAUUAUCAGCCGUUUUAUAUACUCUACCUUACUCUAUUCCCUCUCAGGUGAAGAAUUUUCAUCAAAUAUCUUUUACUUGCUUAGUAAUGAGCAUUAUCUUUAUCUCUGGUUUAUCAAACGAGUAGAAUAAUUUGGAUCUUGCUUUUCCUGCUUCCAGAUGCGUGCGAAGAAAAACUUAGAAGCGGCCAACAACGAGCUGGAAGUUAAUCUGGACAACGCUCUCAAGGUAACUACGUCUUUGAAUCAUUGUCUUGUUCCAUUUUUUAGUUUUCUCUUUGCAGUUUUUGUUUUUGUCUUUUUAAUCCUGAGAAUUUGUUUUAACCCUUUAAGCUCUAAGCUCAACAUACAAUUUCUCAACACUGGCUGCCAUACAUUUCUUGAAAAAAUGGUUAAGAGAAUUAGUUAAAAGAUCAAGGCAUAUUUUCUUCAGUGAUUUUUUUAUUAUUUCUCAUUACCUUUCUACUUGAUUAUAUACUGAUUAUUUACUGAUUAUUAUUUGGAGAAAAUUAAUGUUGGUCACUUUAAGCCCCGUGCAAACGGGCGCAACAACUCUCAACAAUGUUGCGUCCGUUUGCACGGGGCUAAAAGUUUGACCGGUUUCAAACUUUGCGCAACAACACGCAACAAAAUCCAACAACAUGCAACAGGGUGUGCAAACGGACGCAACAUGUAACAUCCAACAAUGUUGGGAGUUGUUGGUCAACAAUGUUGCGUCCGUUUGCACGCAGCCUUAGGGACUGAAAGAGUUAAUGCGUUAUUUUUGUUUUUGUCGUUAAUCAGGCCAACGGAGAGUUCCAGAAGAACGUAAAGAAGCUGCAACAACAAGUGAAGGUGAGUUACCCGCAGAUCAGCACGGCUGAUAAUGUUCUACAACUGUUACAGCAUUUUCUAAGUGUUUAGCUAAGGUGAAGUACAAAUCUGUGGCAAAGUUUCAGUGGAGGUUAAAAUUGGUCAUAACGAAAACUCCAGGACUGAUGAUUCUCAUAAUUCCAUUUUCAAUCCUUGGUCUUUUUCACCCUAGAGUAUACUUCUUAAAUUGUACGUUAUAACAACAACUGCAACAACGUGCUCAUUAUGUCAUCUUUAUUUAGGAUCUGCAAUUAAUGUUGGAAGAAGAACAGCGUGGCCGAGAUGAAGCCCGAGAAGCCGCGUCCAAAGCUGAGCGACGCGUUGGUGAAAUCAACUCUGAGCUGGAAGAUUUGCGUGGCCAAUUAGAGCAGGUAUAAUGGUCUUAUCUUCCACUGGUGGUACUUGCUUCCCUCUCCGCUAAUAUUGUAGAUAAGAGGUUUCUUUAAACUCUUUCUAUGAGGCCUAGUUUAAACGUCCAUUUUUUUCCAUAUACCGAACCUAAUCCCUAUAAAAAGGUACAUGGAAAACAUCGACAUGUGAAUCAAUUAACUCCGACAUAGCUAAUUUUGGUCGACUCAUGAAUAAGUUCGAGUGCCCCACAUGGGAAUUUCGACUGUGGAGCGUUUCAAACGUCGAUAUUUUCACGUGCUGAACCUAAUGCAUAAAUUACUAUAAUCUAUUUUCACUGGUAAGCAUUUUAGACCAUUGUACAUCGUGAAAUAUACGUCUUAAUCAACCGUCGAAUUUGUUUCAUUUGGGUAGACCCCAGAUAGUUAUUUAGUUCGGCACAUGAAACGUUCGGCCUCGACGUUUAAACAGGGCCCCAUAAGAUUAGAUAGCCGGAAUUAAAGGUAAUGUAGAUUUCAUGCGUUAAAUCAUUCAUGAAAAAAAUGUGUCCCGUGAUCGUACUGCCGAGGACCUUGCCUUUGAAUGGUCAAGAUAAUGAAGAUUUCAUCCAGCCCGAUUAAAACGUUUAAUUUGCUCAGCAUGUCCCCUAGUUGAUUCUGGAAAAAGCGCGUUAAAAGUAUGCUUGCUAAACAUGAGGCGUUUUUGUUUUUUGAAAGGCCGAGCGUCUCCGUCGGCAAGCCGAACAGGAGCGUCAAGAGGCGGUCGAAAACUUGUCGGCGGCUCAAAACCAAGCGAAUACUCUUUCUCAAGUCAAACGCAAGCUGGAGGGAACCAUCGCCCACAUGCAAGAAGAAGCAGAAGACCUGGAAAAUGAAGCCAAGAACGCUGAUGACAGAGCCAAGAAGGCUGCUAUAGAGGUUAGAGCCUUUUAAAUUUCCAGAAAAAAUUAAACGAUGUAACCCGAAAAACAGAGCCAAAAACAUGUGUGGUUAUACUUUAUUCGCAGAACUACUCGGCCGGGAUACGUGGCAGUUACCACGAAUCUUUAGAUUAUUUUGACAACCCCAAAAAAUCCCUACUAAAAUAACGCCAUCUGAAAAAAAUACUUGCCAAAUAUUCCUACCCAAAAAGUAUUUGGGAAUCAAAAUUUUCAAACCCAAAAAUAUCCUUUGACCAUCGCCGUCACUUGAGUAGGAGUACCCCCCGGUAUGUUUUCUGUAUAUUUUUAAUGGACUAAAAGCCCAACAAUUUUUUAUUUUCCAGCUGGCCCGUGUACAACAAGAACUGUCACAGACCUUGGAUCGUUUGUCCAAUUCAGAGAGAGGACGCCAAUCAGCCGAGCGCCAAUGUAAAGAUCUAGAAGUAAAACUUGAAGAACUCGAGGCUCAAGGCGGCAAAGCUCUAAAGAAUCAAAUCAAGAAAUUAGAACAAAGGGUAAGCAUUUGAAAACAAAAACUUAGGUUCUGGUAACAGCGUGCAAAUAAAGUACUGUCCGAUAGCCCGGGGCUAGUGAAUUUUGCUAUCAGGCUAGUGAAUUCUGUUUUUAACUUGCCCGACGGGCAAGUGAUGUUUUAUGAGGAAUUUGAAUAACAGAAAAGCAAAAAGUUUUUGGGGCUAGUUGAAAUGACGUCUGGACUAGUAAAUGCUAGCUUCAGCUUGCUCGAAUGGCAAGCUGUAAAAAUGAUUUUCUUCGCACCCUGCGGUAAUAUAUUAUCACAGUCAACUCUGUCUAUGACAGAUACAAUUGAGCCAGAGCCGACUAGCACUGCGUUUACGUCUGAGAGAGUAGUCCACCAUCUAGGGAGAUAAAAAAGGAAUGAAGAAAGGCGGGGAUGUGUAUGGACUGAAUACAUGAAAAGGAUAUUUGUAUUAUCCAGUCACGCAGUAUCGCAAUACAUAACCAAGUGUGCAAAGAUAAUUUUAGCAUUUGACCACGGGUCGGGGGGACUAUCUCAAUAAGCGGAACGCUUGACUGCAGAGAGGUAGGCCGCGGGUUCCAUUCCGAAGCUGCGGGAGCACUAGCUCAAUCGGCGGAACGCUUCGCUUGGCUGCAGAGAGGUAGACGGUCCCCAAUACGUUUUUCGGGAUGCGGGACUCGCCCGAUUUCAAGGCCGGGAUUCGAGAUUUUAAAGCCAAAUUGGGGCGAGAUUCGAGAUUGAAGAAUGCCCAAAAUAACUACUGAGAUUACGGGAUUGAGGGAAAAUUUGGGGACCCUCGAGGAAGACGGCGGGUUCAAUCCCGAGGCAGGACCACUUCUCAGGGUUUUAAAAUAACUAGAAAGUGAAGUUACUGUCUUUGCCCUGCGAACGGCUAAACCUUCACGUUGCUCGGAUGAGCACGUAACUGGUGGGCUGUCCCGUCUCCAGCUGAAGGCGUUAACGUAGUGUCCUCAAUUAGUACUUGGUGCUAAAUACAUUGACACUCAAAUAAAGUGUUUUGUUUUCACACCAGGUCAGAGAAUUGGAAGUAGACCUUGACAAUGAAACAAGACGAGCUGGAGAAAACCAGAAGAAUUCCAAGAAACAGGAGAGGCGUCUGAAGGAUGUACUCCAACAACAAGAAGAAGAUCAGAAGAACCUUCAGCACUUCAAAGACCAGAUCGACCGCCUCAACAAGAAGGUCAAGAGCACGAAGGCCAACCAGGAAGAAGCGGUAAGAUUUCGGUUCUGCUCUUACUACUUCCGCUGUGGUGUUCUUAUGCAUCGCUUUUUAUUUGCCGUUUCACUGCCAGAAUUAAUCAAGGUCAAAAAAGGACAAAAAUUUCAAGUUCUGUUUUGUAAAAUACUGGCAAAACAAAUAGUACCAUAUGAAAGUGCUAGUGCCGAGGUUUCAUUUGAGUGGUAACACCUCAGAAGUUCGUCCACAGAUUUAGCCUGUUCCAGGCUCUCAGAUUGUGGGGAUGACGCAUAAGUGAAAGACGCGCGAAAAGGGGGUGGUUCCUCCCUUUUUAUUUUCAUGAUCGCGCUUUCUCAAUUUCGCAGACCCGACUAUCUCGGAGCCUGGAACAGGCUACGACAGAUUCGAAAGCUAGAACUCCAUACUGAAUAAAUAGUACCAUGUGAACAUACUGUUAAGAGGUUUUAUUUGAAUGUUCUCACCCAAGAAAAUCCUCCACAGACUCAAAAGUUAGAAUAACCUUACAAAACUUUCCAUCACUGAUUCGCUCUGGUUGUGAAAAGGUUUAGUCUGAAGUGUCUGAAGUACCAAGCUAGGUAAUUAGCGAAAAAAAGAAUUAAAAAAAACAGCCGAAAGGGUUUUAAUUGAGUGCCGGUCUCCUGGAUAUUGCAACAUGAAAUCUCCUGGUUUCCCGUACUGGUCAGCAAAAAUCUCCCGGACAAAACUGAAUUUUAAGCCUUUAUUUUCUUUUUUUUGAUUUAGUUGGAAUCACCCCCAUAUUUAAUUUUGUAUCAUAGUUCGGUUUCUGUGGCAUUUCUUAUACGUUUCAUCACUGACAAGACCAUCUCGUCAAAAACGCGAAUUUCGACAGUUUGCACCUCAUGCAACACUUCGUAUAAUGUCCACAUAUAGUGUCGUGCCGAUGAAAGAAUUCUCAGGGAGAAGUUUAACAAUGGGCGAUUUGAGUGCAAAAGUCUCAUGUGUCUUUCUUAUGUUUUCCUUUCAGGAGAACCUAGCCGCCCAGUAUCUCGCGAAAGUGCGUAAAUUGCAGAAAGACCUGGAGGACGCUGAGGAUCGUGCAGAAACCGCUGAGAGCGCCCUGAGCAAGGCCCGCAGUCGCGCCCGUGCUGGCGGUGGAACCGCAAUCGGCAGGCAGACUUCUCGAGAGGUCUCUAGGCCUUUAAGUUCUUCUUCGCACCUUAUCUAUCGUUCUUAUCCAUCCUCGUUACAUUUACUAUCGUCUCCAUCAUCAAACAGACUCAACAGACUGACCGACAAAUACUCGAGUUUUUAUUAA